AUGGUUCCGAGUGCAGUUACCGUCCACUUGUCGCACGUCCGUGCACAACACGGAUCGAUCUACGUGGACGACGCCACUUCAAGCUUGAUCCACUUUUCUGUUGGAUUCGGAAUCAGUGAGCAGCUUCCUCGAGCGGCAUUCGACGACUUCCCUGUCUGCCAAUCCGGCGUUGACACCCUUCCGGAAACUCAGGACGAGGACUCGCUAGAGUUCCGCGCUCAGGAAGAGCCGUUUGAAGUCGCGAUUCAGGAAGCGAUUAAGGCGGCAGAAGAGGAGGAAGCUGCAGAGGUGGCUGCAGCAGGGAGCGGGGAUGAGCAGGAUCCUGCGCUGGUCGUGGUUGAAGCAAUGACUCUCGACGACUCGAGAGGCGAAGAAGAGACUGAGGUUUCGGUGAUUGUGGAGGAUCAUGCGUCUGGUGAAGUUCAGGCUACCGCUGACAUUUCUGGUGAUGCUGAUAAGAUUGAUGAGAGAUCCAUUGAUGAGCCUACAGUGGAGAAUCGGCAGCAGGGUGAGGAACUUCAAGACGAAGUUGCUGUGGCUGCAGCCUGA